GGUCUGUCUCUGGAGCCGGCUAAUUGAGCUCGGAUGAGUGAGAGUAGACACAGGACGACGACGGUGAGUCACAGUUAAGAUGACCCUGCAGAGGAGGAAAUCACAAUGGAGACCUGGACCGCUGCUGUGCUGCUUUCUGCUCUGGAUCUCUCUACAACCAGACUCCCUCCACCGGGCGUCAGCCGUCAACCUGAGGCGUUUCAUCGGUUGUGCCGUCCGGGAGUUCACCUUCCUGGCCAAGAAGCCCGGCUGCAAGGGCCUGCACAUCACCACCGAUGCCUGCUGGGGGCGCUGUGAGACUUGGGAGAAGCCUGUCGUGGACCCUCCCUUCAUUGAGUCCUACCAGCGGGUUUGUACGUACAACGAGACUCGUAUGGUCACCGUGAAACUUCCCAGCUGCCUGCCAAACGUUGACCCGAUGUACACCUAUCCUGUGGCUCUGAGAUGUGACUGUGGAGUCUGUCUGACCAGCACCACUGAGUGUAUCACCUCUGUGUAAAACUAAUCUGGACACGCAUUUUUUAAAGCUUUCACUUUUUUUUUUUUGCUUUAAUUACUGCCAGGGAAUCAGAAAAAUGUAAAUUUAGAUCUAUGAAUCUCAUUGGUUGAGUGAAAUAUCAGUGGAUGAGCCAUAGAAGCAGAUUUGCUUGUUAAGUAAAACUGAUCAAUGUAAAAAAGGAUCUGAUCUGAGAUUGAGAAUAAACAGGUUAAUAAAGAAACUCACUUUGGAUUUUGCCAUUUAGAUUUGCCUUUAAAGGAUACAUCUGGCGAUUUUCUAUAUUUUUCUUAUUGUCAACACAUUUCCUGCAGAGCCAAACCAACAAAGAAUCGAUCUACUAAGAAGUGUCCAUCCAAAGCCUGAUAUAUCUUAUUCCUCCGUGUUGUAGAGACCUCCACUUUCCACCUCCAGAACUAUUAAAAACACAUCAGUGAGUCACAUCAAUAGUUUGUUAAGAAAUGGCUCCAAAGACUAAUAAUA